CAAUAAUUGUCAGCUGUUUGUCUGCUUCGUUGUCAAAAAGAAAAAAAACUAUGGGAAAAUAAGUACAUAGUAUAAUUUUUCACUCGGGGUAUUUAAAUCUUUUUUUAAAAUAAACUAAAUAUUAUUUAAUUAAAAAAGAAACAAUGGCUGAACUUUUAUUGGAUCCGAAUAUUCGCGGUUGGGUGUUUUUGCCAAUUGUCGUUAUUACAUUCCUCGUGGGAAUUGUUAGACAUUAUGUUUCCAUGUUACUUGCAUCGCAGAAAAAAAUCGAAGUCCAGCAAGUGCAAGACAGUCAAGUAAUGAUGCGAUCGAGGUUAUUGAGAGAAAAUGGACAUUACAUUUCAAAAUAUGGUUUUAAAACGAGAAAACAAUUUUUCAAUAAUGAAGAGACUGGAUAUUUUAAAACUCAAAAGCGAGCUCCAGUUUCACAAAAUCCAAUGACCGAUCCAAGUAUGAUGACCGAUAUGUUAAAGGGCAAUGUCACCAAUGUCCUGCCAAUGGUUCUCAUUGGAGGAUGGAUCAAUUGGAUGUUUUCCGGUUUCGUUACAACUAAAGUCCCAUUUCCAUUGACGUUGCGUUUCAAGCCAAUGCUUCAACGUGGAAUUGAAUUAACGACCCUGGACGCCGCUUGGGUGUCGUCAGCGUCCUGGUACUUUCUCAAUGUCUUUGGCUUGAGGUCAAUUUACACUUUAGUUCUCGGUGAGAAUAACGCUGCCGAUACAUCGCGUCUUUUACAAGAUCAAGUGUCCGGCGCCGCAAUGUCAAUGCCACCGGAUCCAAAAGCCGCCUUCAAGGCCGAAUGGGAAGCACUCGAAAUUUGCGAUCACAAUUGGGCACUAAACGGUAUCGAUACAACACUCAUGGGUCUUAAAAGCAUUUCCGAAGAUAAUUCCUAUUAUCAAAGUAAAAAUUCCUGAAAAAAAGAGUUUUUCUUAAAUUAAAAAUUAUGCAAAAAUUUAAAAAAAAAAAAAAAGAA